UACUCUGCAGUUCUCUACGUUUCAAGGUAAUUCAAUGAGCUGUUCUGCAAGAGAAGGCAGGGAACAGAAGGCAACUGUAUAGAAGGAGACAAAAUCAAGAGCACUGGCUGCAGCAAAUUAACCAGUUUUAUUGCAGGAAUGCCAAGUCCCAAGUUUUUUGAGAAAUGGAGACAGUUCAUCUUUCUCAGCUGUUGCUACAACUGAUUGGAGUACCAUGCAAGUAGCUGACCUUUCAUACUGAUUAGUAGCAGCCAUUUAGUGACAUAAUGCUAAGAUUUUGCAUACGUGACAAAAUAAACAUGAUAAAAUAAUAUAGAUAAACAUGAUAAAAACUCUGAUAGUAUUACUGCAUUACCAGAAAGUGCUCACUGCAGUUUCCAGAGGAGUGGGAAUGUCACCUCUCAUCGUGGCUUCCCGUCCCUUCAACGUGUCAUUGAAAAACCCAAACCAACGCCCACCCAAACUACUAGUCUUCUUCCAAUCAUAUCUCGUGCAAAGAGAGCACCCUCAAGCUUUUUCAUUAUUUUCCCUCCAUUUCAGCUCUUUUGCCAUGAUCUCUGCACAGCAGCCACCACUCCCCAGCAAAAUACAAAGAGUAAUGGACCACCAAACUGAGGAAGAAGAAACCUGUGAAGACCAGUCUGACACUGAAAACUGCCACUGCAGCUCCAAGCGUGCAUCAUCAACGGCAGAAUCUAACCCAGAUUCACCAGAAAUUCUUAAAAUACUACAGAACUGGGUUCCUAGAGUUUCCCCCUACUUUGAUAAAGAGCACUACACGUAUGUAGGCCACCAGAUUGUCAUUCAGGAGUCCAUAGAACACUUCGGAGCCGUGGUGUGGCCGGGGGCACUGGCUUUAUCUCAAUAUCUGGAAUCAAAUCAAGAACAAUUCAACCUCAAAGACAAGAAAGUUUUGGAAAUUGGUGCUGGAACAGGCUUGGUUUCCAUCGUGGCCUGUAUCUUAGGAGCUUAUGUUACAGCUACUGAUUUGCCUGAAGUUCUUGACAAUCUCUCAUACAAUAUUUCAAGAAAUACACAGAACAUGAAUAGGCACAAACCUGAAGUGAGAAAACUGGUAUGGGGAGAAGACCUCAAUGAAGACUUCCCUGUAUCAACUUACCAUUAUGAUUUCAUACUGGCAACUGAUGUUGUAUACCAUCAUACAGCUUUGGACCCCCUGCUAGAAACAAUGGUGUAUUUUUGUAAGCCAGGAACAGUAUUGCUAUGGGCAAACAAAUUCAGAUUCAGCACAGACUAUGAAUUUUUGGAAAAAGUUUGCAACAUAUUUAACACAACCAUUCUAGCAGAAUUUCCAGAAUCAAAUAUCAAGCUGCUUAAAGCCACAGCAAGAGAGAAUUAA